CUAUAUAGUGGUCUGUGAAUGUAGGUAAUGGGAAAAGUGGGGAAAAGGUUAUAUUUUACGUUUUGGCAGUUUUGUUAUUAAAGGGAUUGAAUAACGCAAGUUUAAUUGUAAAAUCUAGAUGAAAUAUUCAUAAAUAUAUAUAAAAAUGCUUUACGACGACUUUAAACCAAUUGUAGAUUUAAUUCUAAAUAAUUGGACAGCCUUGCAACUUGCUGUUGAACAAGGCAUGGGUGCUCCAGGCGGUGAAAAGACAGCUCAGCUGAUGUCAGUAUAUAUAGCAAGAUACUGUGUUGAGAAUAUAGUGGAUACAUUAGAACUGACUGAAGUAAUAGAGGAUUUAAUGGAUGAAGAGUUUGAUACAGUCUGCCAUGACAAUUCACCUAAAGAAGUAGCCUCUCUACUGUUAAUGUUCUUAAGCUUACUGAAAGAAGGCAAACAUGAUGAACUAAGAACUAGACUUGAAGCAAUGCCAAAAUGUCAGAAGUGGCUCAGUCAACCAAUACAUGAAUCAGUUCCUCCCCAAUGUCAUGGAAAUCCUGAUGAUGACACUACGAGUAGCAGUGGUGAAGAAGAUGGUCCCGAAGAUGAAUCGAAGGAUGGAGCCACAGCAUCAUCUAGUAAUAAUCAAGAGUCUGAGCCUAUGGAUGAGGAUGUGGAACCAGGCUGGACAGUUGUUAAAACAAGAAGGAGAAAAUAAUUAUAAUAUUAAUAUAUAUAUUUAAUAGGGCAAUUUUCUAUAGUUAAGUCAUAGAGGUGAUGAUCCAUCUAGUCAUAUUUUGAUGUUGGGUCAUAUAUAAACUAUGAACAUAUUUUAAGUUAAAAAACCAACUGUAACGUCUGGUUAGUAUCUCUUCAUUGUCUUAAAUUAGUAUGACAUUUAUAACAGCAUUAAUUUUAAAUCUAUCUAUAGUAAUAAUCUAUGUGAAACUAAACCAACAUAUCCUUUUUACAAGGUUUUGUUUGAGUUACUUUGUGUAAUGUCUUUUGAACCUUUUGGUUAUCAUAAUGAAAUAGACACAAUUUUCAGAUUGUAUGCAUAAAUACAAAACGAUAGGAACUAUUCAAAAGCGAUAAUUUAUUAAUCUACAUUAAAGAUACUAUAAUUUCAACAUUAAAUAGUAAAUUGUUAUUAUUUUUGUUUUUAUUCUAUAUGUUUUAUCCCGUAUAGCUAUUCCUGCUUCAUCCAAAAACAGGAAAAAAAAGAGUUAAAGUUGGCUAAACUUUUUGUUGUAGUGAUGGAUGUUAUUCGCGAUAGACAGUUAUUCAACUAGUGAUUUGCCUAAACCGCGAUCACUCGUGAUUCAGUGAUACAAUAACUAUUUUCCACAACGAUUUAAAGUAAAGCUGAAUUCACUCUUAAGUAAAUCAGUUAAGGUAGAUGUUUGA